UACCACGUGACUCCCAAAGGAGGAGGGGGGUGGUUCUGGGAGGGCAUGUGAUGAUGCGGAGAAUAACCUUCAACCCUCUCGCUUUUACUAUCAUGGUUUCAUUGAGGAAUCAUGGAUUUUCGCAUCGAUGCCCUCGCUACGGCCAACGAUUGGGUCCAAGGCUCGCCGACGCGACCGUAUACCGGCAUCGUCAGCCUGUACAUGGCCGAUCAGCUCUCCGCUGAGACGGCUGCACGGGAAAUCGUCAGCGUGAUCAACGAGAUGUAUUAUGGCGGAGACAGCGGGCUAGUCGAGGAGGGCCUUAUCGAUCUGUGGCGAACAAUCGCGCACACUUCUAAGACGCUGGAGCGAUCGAUAUGUAUCCGACAGCCAUAUCGGACUGAACAAGAGCCAUCGAUUGACGGCGAUUCACCGACAACGCCGACCGCUACGCAGCCCGCGACACAAUCAGACCGGUCAUACUACUCACCCACCCCAGCGCAACGUAAACUCCUCACCCUUCUCAAAGCCAUCAGAACCUUUCCCCCGACCGACCCCAUGCCCGGCACAAUGGCCGGAACCAGCCAUCAACACCACCCCUCCUUAUCGCCCUACCUCGGUGCCACUGUCUUCUCCUCGUCGUCAUCAUACUAUGGGUCAUCCUUGAGUAGCAACCACAGUGAUUGGGGUGGCAUGCUCGCUGAUGACGCGGAAACGCGAAUCAAGUGUAAGAGAGGUGUUUGCUGGGCCGCUCUGCCAUUUUUCCGUGAGGUCAUUGCAGAGAUAUUCCAGGAGGAUGCUCCGGGAGAUUGGUUUCGUCGACCACCGCAAUCGCGGCACAGCGCACCUGCCCCUGCACCUGCUAGUACGGAGUCACGGUCGAUAACACCACUUUCUACUGCAAAGUGGCCUGAAGCACCGACAGGCGCGGAGCCCUCAUCUCAUUUCUAUUCCGCUCACAAUCCUAUUCCUGAUCAGCUCAAGGUCGCCCCGCCAAAAGUUGGCUUCGAGCAUUCUGAAAGUGAGGCCUGGCUCAACCUCACCUCAUUUCUGGCAUUCAUGAGCAAAGAAUCCAUCCUAGAUACUCUUGACGACGUCGGCCUCGUCAUGAUGGGAUCUGUGUUGGGCAGUGAGGGAAUGGCUCUCUCUGCUCCUGCUUCUGGGAUCGGCAGCCAUUCCCACGGCCAGGGUGGUGAUUAUUCCCUUUAUCCUCAGAGUCAACCUGAGAGCUUCACUGGCUGCAUCGUCACCAAACCGUGUCUUGACCUUUACAUCUCGGCCGCAGCCAUCUGGGCCGUGAUCACAGGCGAUGAUAUCUGGAAUCGCAGGGGUGAGGCCGCAGGAAACGAGUUUGUGGUGGGACUGUCAUUGGACGAUGAUGACAGAGACGGUGACUCAACCAUGCUAAGGAGGACUGCCUCCAUGUCGCUGCGGAGUAACAGCACAACAGGCGCCACUUCGACCAUGUCUGGUGGCCCGUCAGGCCUGGCACCCACCACUCCCGCAAGCAAAGAAGCCAGGGCUAUCCGUAAAGCUAAGGCCGACGAGCGGACCCCGCGAGGAGACGGCAAGGAUGCUAUCUCCCGCCGGACGUGGGACGCGUGGAUCGUCCGCCUUCGGGCGGCCACCUGUCAUGAGGGUCUGACAGCGUCGACUAGGUCAAUCGCUGCAGAGGCGGCGGACGUGAUGUUGAGAGCUUGCACGUCGUUGGAUACAUAAUGUCACGUAAUACUAAAGGCUCACCGAGCGGGAGGGCACCCUACUCGUCACUCACAUGGGUA